UCUUCCGCUUUGUUUUGUCACGUGAUGCUACACCACUGCCGGGGCGGAAACUCAAUGCAAUUUUUUUUUUUAAAAAUUCGUGGCACUGUUUCCCCAUUCGCUUUACUGAAGCUGUGUAUGUACUCGAAGUUAACAGUUACUAGUAGUAAUAUGAGAAGGGGUAGGGGAAUUUAACAUAUCCGUUUUUGUUUUGUCUGCUAUGGAACUCAAUUCAGGCAUUUCUGUCGGUAUUGAUAUUUUUGACGCCAUCCAGAGGGGAAAUUUAGAGGAUUGUGUCACUUUAAUUAAGCAAGACCAGUCACUCCUGGCGCGUAAAGGCUGGAGUGGAUUUACACCCCUUCAUUACGCUGCAUUCCUGGGGAACAGGGGGCUGGCAGAACUGCUUCUGCAGCAUGGAGCUGACCCUAAUCUACCUAAUGAUGCAGGCCAAACACCAUUUCACUUUGCUUGCAGACAUGGUGAUGUUCAUGUUAUCCACCGAAUGCUGAAAUAUGAAGCAGAUGUGAACCUAACCGACCAUCAGUGGAAGACAGCACUUCAUCAUGCAGUGAUAGGUGGAAAUCUAUUUGCCGUAAGAUACCUUGAGGAAUUGGGGACUUUCAAUUUUUGUGAUACAGACAAGUGUUUACUCACACUCCUGCAUCUUGCCGCUUCAACUGGAAACACUGAUGUUGUGAGAUAUUUAUUGAGAAACAGUAGGUGUCAAGCUGAUGCUCCUGAUAAUCAAGGAAUGACUCCCAUGCACGUAGCUGCUGAAAAAGGUGCAAUAGAAGUAAGCUGGCUGCUUUUGCAAGCUGUUGGGUUCCGGAGUCUGCAUUUAAAAGCUAAGAAUGGACUUACUCCACUCGACAUUGCCAAGCAAGGAAUAACAUACAGACACCAAGAACUUGCAAAGGUUUUAAAUAAAUAUAGCAAAGAGCCACAUGAUCGGAAACCCAAGGAGUCCUAUGGCAUGUACUAUUGGACUCUGCUAUUCCCUGGUGUCAGUGCCUCAGUUGUGUUCCUCAUUUCAUCUGCUUUGGGCAAGUAUGGUGGAAUCUUUUGUGCACUGGUUUUCCCUUGGUUGGCAAGGGCAACGUUCUCUCAGUACCAUAGGAUGAAUGACAUUCAGAGGUUGCCAAAUCCAGCAUACCUGGGUACAUUUGCUGCUGGUAUAUUCCACUCACUGGUUUGCUUAUUUUACAAGAUCCUACCAACUCUUUGGCCUGCUAAUACACUGUUGCUUGUAUCAGCCACUCACUUCAGUGGCAUCCUGUGGAUGUUUAAGGUAGUUCUAACAAAGGAUCCAGGACGGCUUCAAAGUGCUGAAUCUGAAACAAAGUUUUCAAAAAUUGCUGACCUUGUGGAUGCAAACGAAAGUCUCAGCAAGUUUUGUAUUUAUUGUGAGGUAUUUCAACCAGAACGAGCCAAGCACUGUAAACUCUGCAACUGUUGUGUACUUGAGUAUGACCAUCAUUGCAUUUUUCUAAAGAACUGCAUCGGCAAGAGUAAUCACCAAUUCUUCAUCAUUUUUAUUAUGGGGGUUGCAGUUGCUCAUCUGAUUUUUACAUUUUCAGCACUUUACUAUAUUUACGUGAAAUUUGACCUACAUUUUUGGGCUCUAUUGACUACAGUCAUUAGCAAUGAAGCUUGGGUUAUAGUACUGGCAGUGAUGAACGUUUUAACGUUAGUUUGGGAAGGAUGGCUGCUAAUGGAGCAAUUUGAAGUUGUCUCAGUAGGUACCACUAUAUACUUUAAACAUGAAACUGAUGCCAGGCAAUACACCUGGUGGCACAGGUGCAGAACAUUUUUCACUUUCCUAAUGGUAGGCAGAAGGACAAGCAAACUCCAAGAAAAGGUUUCUGUUAUUAUAUGAAAUGUAUCUCUGUAUUGCAGACAAUUGCAUAUUUUAAAACAUUUUAUGUAUCUAUUAAAUACAAAGUCACACAAAUGACAGCAUUACAGGGGGAGGGGAGGGGGAAUGAGUUUAAAUUGAACGAGAUGCAAAGAUUAGUGUACACAAAUGUGGUACAUGUUUUAGAGCUUGUAAUGCUGAUAUUUCUGAAUUUUAUAUGCAAUUUGUGUACAGGCACCAUUUUAGAUUUUUACAAAAAAAAAUGCAAUAUAACCAGUUUGUCUAUUCUGUGUAUUUGAUUACAUUUUAAGAGUUUUCUUAGCUAUUUCUCUGAAAUAUCUGAAUCAUGGAGUGAUGACAGCAGACUGCUCAGGGGGUAAGUAGUUCAGAUUAGAAUCAUAAAACUAAGUACUGUACUAUCUUAAAUUGUAAUGUUAUUAAUCUAUGUUCAAAUUCAAAUAAACAUUAAACUUUAAGAAAAAAUAUACAUUUUAAUAUAGUAUAGUAUGGAGGCGAUGCGUCCAAGCAAAGGGCUGGCUAGGAGUAAAUCUUAGAUGGGCUUCACUGUAUAAAUCAAGUACAAUUUGUAUAAGAAACUGCAUCAUAAUUAUGCUCAUUAAUAAAAUGCAUAUACAUAUUUCUUGUUUAAACACCGUACAAUAGUAUACUGUUCCUAUAAUCAUUUUUCAAACAAUGACAUGACUUGAUUUAGCAAAGACUGCCUUCUAACGAACAUAAUGGCCCAGGAAAUUCUGAGCAUAAACCUGAAAACAAGAUUAACGUGUUAUGUGCAAUUAGAUUGAAAUAUGAUUUAAUUUACUAAUGGAUGCUGAACAAUUGAAUACCAGACAUCCAGUAGAUGCAGUGUUUCACAUAAAGAUGCUUGUUAUAGUCCAUAACCAUGAUUCACUACAGACAAGAACAGAAUAGCUGUCAGUUGGUAUGGAGACAAAUUGUAUUAUGAGUCAGAAGGCUGCUGGUCUUUUAAACUCUCGGAGGGCGGUUCUUUUCAUUGUAGUUCCAAUUCUAAUGACUGGGUAAUAUAAGUAUAUACUAGAGAUGAUAUGUAACAUAAUAGCCUUGUUGUAUAAAUACAUUUUUUAAUGUGCAGUAUAGUGUAUACAUCCUUGGCCUUAAUUAAACAAGUUAUUCUAGUUUGUGAAAAAUAAAUAAGAUGCCAUUCUCAGAAAUAAACUAAAAUCAGAUCAUUUCCAAUUAACUACUGUAAAUGCCCCUAUUGUGGAAACAGACUUUGAAAUGCAAUUUUAAAACAGAAUUCCCAUCUCGCCUUGAAAGAGCAUUCAUAUUGGCAAUUUCAAAACUGGAUGUUUUAAAUUGUUUUGCAGCAAAUGUAUUUAUACAUCAAUAGAUAUAUAGUCUCUUUUUAGGAAGGUGAGUCACUAUAAGUUAUAGCUUUAUGUAUUGGAUAAGUGAUUCUCAAGUAAUUGGUGUUAUGUGUUUACAAUCCGUUUUGCUGUGUAUAUAAAACUUAUCUCAAUGUUAAUUUGAAUGAUUGUGGGUUAGUUGUGCCAAUGAAGCUACACGCACCAUUCUAAUCAUUUUCAGACAGCACAGCACUAGAUUUUCACUUCUGCAUACUAUUUUUAUCGACCCCAACAAAGCGCUGGUAAGACCUCAAACAACCACAGUAUAUAUUUCCACGUCUGGGGUUGUGGAGUAGCUGAAUGACAAAUACUAGUCUAAUAAAAGGGGGAUUUAUAGGGGAAUUCUUUUCUGUCAUAGAAGCAUUGUUUUUGGAAGAAAACCAAAUUGGGAUUUGAUUAUUUGAAACAUCUUAGGCUUCAGAUGGUUGUUAAAAAAAAAAAUUAAAAAUCAGUUGAUAAAGAAUUGUAGUUUACAUAGCCUAUCGUUGGAAAGAUUAAAAAUGCAUAAGAUCUCCAUGUACUGUAGACCCAAUUUUGAGCCAACACAUUUUCUUUCUGCAAAGUAUUUUAAAACUGGGCAUUGAAUUUAAUGGUACAUUUACAUCUGAGCAACUCAUUUACAUUAUUACCAUGUUCCAUCAAUUAGCUUUUAUAGUGCCAGCUGUCUCUAAUGUAUAUAUGCAGGGGGCAAGUAUACAGAAAUAGCCAGCAAAGCAGAAUGUAAUUGAAGUCAGUGUGUAAAACCACAAAGGGCAUUUUGGAAUGUUAGUGCUGACGUUGCCAGGAUGUAUAGUUAGAUAAACAUGUGUAAAAUUAUUAUUACAUUCUUCAGUGUAAGUAUUAUGAGGAAGAUGUUACUAUAGAAAAUAUUGUAAAAUAAUUAAAUAAAUAAAUAAUAUACUGCAAA